AUGCGUCAUGGCCACUCAGCUGCUAAAAGAGUCCCAAGUGUUCUGAGCCUACCUUCGCUAGAAGAAGGGCACUGAAUGUGAUUCACGUAACUAUCAUCCCAUUUCAGUGUUACAAAUUUUGUCGAAAGUCAUUAGGUGCCAUAUGCACAAUACGUUAUACACUUGACGUCAUGACGUCAUAAUGUGACAAGGAACCACUUUGCAGAUAAAUUACAGAUGUCUGCAGCUAGAAUCAUUUUAUAUGCCGACCACCUAACACCCCUUGCAACACUUUUUACCAAGCUGGAAUGGAUACCUUUUUAUGGACAGAGUAAAAUUAACAAAUGUGCUAUUUUUUAUACGCGCGUAAAUGGCUCUCAUCCAGACUAUCUGAAUGAACAACUUGCGAUUAACAAUACACAACAUAACAGAAGCAUACGGUAUGCUAGCUAUAAUUCUAUCUGUCUUUAUCAUAAGCGUGAGACUGAAGGAGGCCUUUCUUUUGCUGUAUCAGCAACAAGACUUUGGAAUAAUGUACCUCUAAAUAUCAGAAAAUCAGACUCCAUUAAGUCCUUAAGAACUAAUUUAUUUAAAACAAUCUUCACGGCGCAGCAACAUUUAGACCACUUUAGGAUUUAACUUUUAAAUCUGUUGAUAUCUACUCUUUACGGAAGUUUUAAUACUAAUUUAAUUCAACUAUUUGCAUCUCUGAUGAAUUUAGGUUUUUAACUUUUAUUAUAUUAUAUUUUAUUAGCCUUUGGCUAUUAAGUGAUAGCCCUCUUUGAACAAGGUCUUUAUCAUUAUUAUUAUUUGUUGAUGCAGGAGUUUCUGCUGAUGGAUCGUGGAGCCAGCGAGGAUGGUCUGCUUGUGACGGUGUUGUUGCAGUCAUUUCAAUUGACACACGUUGCUUUCUUGUUGAACUCAUGUGCAACUUGCAACCAAAUGGAAAGAAAGCAACAGGAAGGCUCCAUUUCCAGAACGGACUACUUGAGUUGGGUUAUCCGCCACAAAGAAAAUUGUUUCCAUAA